CUCCCGCGGCCGGGAGCCGGGAGCCGGGAGCCGGAAGCCGCAGCCCCUGGGGGCGGGAAAGCGGAGUCCGGGCCGGCCGGGGCGCGGGGAUGGCGGGGCCCGGCCGGGGAUGGCGCCCCUCGGCCACCCUCUGCGUGGCGGUGACCGCCCUGAGCGCCGCGCUGCUGGCGCCCGGCCUCACCCAGCCGCACGAUUUAUCCAGAAAGAGACCCUUAGGGCUGAAAAUUGAUCAGGCUUUACUGCUGGUGCACAAUGAGUUGAUCCAUGAGAACUUGACAGUCUCCUGGCUUUCUGAUUAUUGUUACCAGUGCUUGUAUCAAGAUCUGGUAUCCGUCCCCAUGCGCAACACUUCGGGAAAGCCCAGCAUUGUAGCAGUUGCAGUGGAUUCUCAGCAUCCAGUCACCCUAAAGUUCAAUGGCACUAGGGCAGGCCAAGAGUUUCCCAGGAUCCAUUAUCAUUUUGGAGAAUUUGGAAACUAUUCUCUUGUGGUAAAGAGCUUUGAUAGCAGCACCAAGAUGAUUUCCUGUGACCUAAUCAUCAAUGAAAGUCCUGUCAACAGCCAUCUUCCUAUCCUGUACGCAUUCCUCAUUUAUAUGGGGGUCCUCAGUAUCCUAACAGUGGGACACGUCUUCGUGAUCAUUGAUCCAAUCAGGAAUUGGUUUUACAAGAAACUGCACCCUGGAGACACUGAUCAUCUCAUUAAUUCUGAGCUUGGAUCCCCGACCAGAACAGAUUCCACAAGCAGCGAUGUCCCAGCUACCGUGUGGACCAUCUCCCAGCAGCGACUGCGCUCCCUUGACACAUUCCGAGGGCUGUCUCUCAUAAUUAUGGUAUUUGUUAAUUACGGAGGAGGAAAAUACUGGUUCUUCAAACAUCAGAGUUGGAAUGGCUUAACACUGGCAGAUCUUGUGUUUCCAUGGUUUGUGUUUAUCAUGGGCACCUCAAUUUCGCUGUCACUGAACUCCAUGCUGAGGCGGGGAUGUUCGAAGUGGAAAGUGCUGGGGAAAGCUCUCUGGAGGAGUUUCUUGCUGUUUCUAAUAGGUGUCAUAAUCAUCAAUCCCAAUUAUUGCCUUGGACCUUUGUCUUGGGGUAAUCUGCGGAUUCCAGGUGUACUCCAGAGACUGGGAUUUACCUACCUUGUGAUUGCCAUCUUAGAACUCGGGUUUGCUAAAGCUGUGGCUGAGAACGAUACAUUGGAGACCCCGUAUUUUGCCCUGCGGGAUAUUCUGCUCUACUGGCCACAGUGGGUUUUCAUUUUGAUGCUGGAAGUGACUUGGCUGGGUCUGACCUUCCUGUUAAUUGUACCUGGCUGCCCAAAUGGUUACCUUGGCCCCGGUGGCAUUGGGGAUUUUGGAAAAUAUCCCAAUUGCACCGGAGGAGCAGCCGGUUAUAUUGAUCACUUGCUCUUGGGAGAAAAGCAUAUUUACCAACACCCAUCAUCCAAUGUGCUCUACCAAACAACAGUGGCCUAUGAUCCCGAAGGCAUCUUGGGAACAAUUAAUUCAAUCUUCAUGGCAUUUUUGGGACUUCAGGCAGGAAAAAUAUUCUUGUUUUACAAAGACCAGCACAAGAAGAUAAUGAGCAGGUUUUUUAUAUGGAGUGUAGUCACGGGGAUUAUUUCUGCUAUCUUGACAAAAUGCUCUAAAGAUGAAGGGUUUAUUCCUGCAAAUAAGAAUCUAUGGUCAAUCUCUUAUGUGACAAUCUUGAGCUGCUUUGCCUUCAUGCUUUUAUUGCUGAUAUACUACCUUGUGGAUGUCAAGAGAUGGUGGUCAGGUGCUCCAUUUUUCUACCCAGGAAUGAACUCGAUCCUGGUCUAUGUUGGGCAUGAAGUAUUUGAGAACUAUUUCCCUUUUAAGUGGAAGAUGAAGGACAGUCAGUCCCAUGGGGAACACUUGGCUCAGAACCUGUUUGCAACAUCGAUCUGGGUCAUCAUAUCAUAUUUACUCUACCAGAAAAGGAUAUUUUGGAAAAUCUGAUUGGGUUUGUGACAGUCUCUUCUGGGAGAUAAGAUACUGAAGUUGGACUCCCCCGAGAUGAUGCCAUUUCUGGUGGGAUUCAUUACUAAAAAGGGCUCCUGUGUUCAGUUUACCUUUCCAGGGGAACUGGAAUGGAGAUUUUCUGGUGCCUAAGAGACAGUAUCUUACUGUUUAGCCAAAACACAGUAACUUGCCUGACCUGUGUUGUCUGCCUGUCUUUGUAUAUAGUACUAUGUUUCAAUGCACAGAGUGCUGCUAUCUACCUGCAAUAAACAGACGACCAUACUGGA